CUCAACUCGCAGAGAAAAGCUAUGGCGUUCAAGCUUCUUCUCAACGCUGGUGAAAUGACACAUUAGCCCUCUCUCCACCGCCAUUUUUCUCUGAAAAACACAGCUUCCGACCCCUCUUGCUUCUUCUCAAGUUGCCCUCUCAUGGCGUCGAAAAAGCCUCUGUUUAUAGUAAUUUUCUUAGCUUUUGAGUUCUCUUUCUACUCGCCAAUGGAGUUUCCCACCAAAAUGACCAAAACCCAGAAAUGGAAGCCCUUCUUUCCUUCAAAACCGCCCUCGGAAACCCCACAGUUCUCUCCUCGUGGCGGCCCUCCGCCUCGCACUGCGACUGGGUCGGCGUUUCCUGCCAAUUUGGCCGAGUCACCGCCCUCGCCCUUCCGUUCCUCUCCCUCAAAGGCCCUCUCCCUUCCUCCCUCUUCUCCCUUGCAAACCUUGUCGUGCUAGACCUCUCCUCCAACCUACUAAGCGGCAAAAUCCCACGUCAAGUUCUCAACCUCAAACGCCUAAGCCACCUCUGCCUCACCGAUAACCAGCUCUCCGGCGAAAUACCCACCCAACUCGCCGAGUUAACUCAGCUAGAGACUCUGAAGCUCGGAACCAACUUUUUCGCCGGAAAAAUCCCGCCAGAACUUGGAAAUUUAGCACUGCUUCAAACCUUGGAGCUCUCCAACAAUGGGUUCCAUGGAGAUAUUCCUACCCAGAUUGGAAACUUGACCCGGCUGCAGUUCCUGGACCUGGGCAACAAUGUCCUCUCGGGUUCUCUUCCCUCUGCCCUGUUUCCAAAACUUCAAUCUUUAGCUUCCAUGGACGUUUCAAACAAUUCAUUUUCCGGCGCAAUUCCACCUGAGAUUGGUAGCCUGAAGGAUCUCACCGAGCUCUACGUUGGCAUCAACCAUUUCUCCGGCCCGUUACCCCGCGAAAUCGGUGAGCUUUCGCGGCUCGAAAUUCUGUACGCUGCUUCCUGUUCCAUAACAGGGCCGUUGCCGGAAGAGAUUUCUAAGCUGGAAUCGUUGACCAAUAUUGACCUCUCGUACAACCCGUUGAGGUGUUCGUUGCCAAAAGGCAUUGGGAAGUUGCAGAAGCUGAGUAUUUUGGAUUUGGUCUUCACUGAGCUCAAUGGCUCUAUUCCUGCUGAGCUGGGGAACUGUAAAAGUUUGAGGACUUUGAUGCUUUCGUUCAAUUCGCUUUCGGGGACGUUGCCUGAGGAGCUCUCUGAGCUUCCGGUGAUGACGUUUUCUGCCGAAAAGAACCAGCUCUCCGGCCUAUUGCCUUCCUGGCUCGGAAAGUUGAAGCAAGUCGAAUCGAUUCUGCUUUCCAGCAAUCUAUUUUCCGGGAAGAUUCCACCGGAGAUUGGCAACUGCUCUAUGCUGAGGUUACUUAGCUUGAGCAAUAACAUGUUGACGGGGCCGAUUCCGGAAGAGCUUUGCAAUGCGGGUUCGCUUUCGGAGAUUGAUCUCGAUAGCAAUUUUCUCUCGGGAACAAUUGACAACACGUUUGUCAAGUGCAAGAACUUGACGCAACUCAACCUGGUGAAUAAUCAGAUUGCCGGCGCAAUCCCUGACUACCUUUCGGAGCUUCCACUCAUGGUGAUCGACCUUGAUUCCAACAACUUCACGGGCACGAUACCGAAAAGUCUUUGGAAUUCGGAAAAUUUGAUGGAGUUCACAGCUUCGAACAAUCAGCUGCGAGGUCCGAUAUCGAAUGAGAUUGGUCGGGCAGCCGUCUUGGAAAGGCUUGUUCUUAGUAACAAUCAGCUGACAGGCACUCUUCCUACAGAGAUUAGAAAUGUCAGCAGCCUUUCUGUUCUAAUAUUGAGUUCGAAUCUUCUGGAAGGGAACAUUCCGCCUGAGCUUGGCCGGUGCACCGGUCUUACUACAUUGGAGCUCGGAAACAACCUGCUCAGCGGGUCGAUCCCGGCGGAGCUUGCGCAGCUGAGCCAAUUGCAAUGUCUGGUACUUUCUCACAACAAUCUAUCAGGUUCAAUUCCUUCGAAAAAAUCGUUGUACUUUCGACAAGUAAACAUCCCGGAUUUGAGCUUUGUGCAACAUGUUGGAGUGUUUGAUCUGUCCUACAAUAGAUUGUCCGGUGCAAUACCGGAAGAUUUGGGCGACUGUGUUGUUUUGGUGGAUGUUUUGAUCAGCAACAACCUGAUCUCCGGUGAAAUUCCAAGGUCCCUUGCUCGUUUAAGAAAUCUUACAACUUUGGAUUUGUCUGGGAACAUGCUCAGUGGUUCAAUUCCUCCAGAGUUUGGCGGUUCGCCGAAGCUUCAAGGCUUGAAUCUGGCAAAUAACCAGCUUACGAGCACCAUACCGGGAAGCUUAGGUCGUUUGGGAAGCUUGGUGAAGCUUAAUUUGACCGGUAAUAAGUUGUCUGGUGCCAUACCUGUGAGCUUUGGGGAUUUGAAAGAGCUUACUCACUUGGAUUUAAGCUCGAACGAGCUUGAUGGCGAGCUUCCUUCAUCGCUGUCAGGCAUGCAGAAUCUUGUGGGGUUGUAUGUUCAGGACAACCGGCUUAAUGGUGGUGUGGAUAAGCUGUUCUCGAAUACCAUGGCUUGGAGGAUCGAAAAGAUGAACUUGAGCAAUAAUCUCUUUGAUGGGGAGCUGCCCCAUUCUCUUGGUAAUCUGUCAUACUUGACGGAUUUGGAUCUUCAUUCAAAUUCGUUUCGAGGAGAGAUUCCUCCAGACCUGGGGAAUCUGAUGCAACUCGAGUUUUUUGAUGUUUCAAAUAACAAGCUCUCUGGAAGGAUUCCAGAUAAAAUUUGCAGCCUCAUCAAUCUGUUUAAGGUGAACUUGGCAGAAAAUAGGUUGGAAGGGCCGAUUCCUAAGAGUGGUAUCUGCCGGAACCUGUCAGAAAAAUCGCUUGCCGGUAACAAGAAAUUAUGUGGGAGAAGUAAAAAUUUGGAUUGCCAUGCCAAGAGUUUUGAUAAAUCAGCAUUGUUGAAUGCCUGGGGAGUUGCUGCUGUUGUAGUUGGAAGUGCUCUAGUCUUUAUUGUUGCAGCUUAUGCUGUAGUAAGAUGGAUCGCCCGAAGCAGCCGGCAUGAUCCCGAAGAAGCUGAAGAAAGCAGGUUGAGCAGUUUCAUGGAACAUAAUCUCUAUUUUCUCAGUAGCAGCAGCAGAUCAAAGGAGCCUCUGAGCAUCAACGUCGCCAUGUUUCAGCAGCCGCUGCUCAAGCUUACUUUAGUUGACAUUCUUGAAGCCACCAACAACUUCUGCAAGACAAACAUAAUAGGAGACGGAGGCUUUGGAACUGUGUACAAGGCCACAUUGUCGGAUGGGAAAACAGUCGCGGUUAAGAAGCUAAGCGAGUAUAAAACUCAGGGCCAUCGAGAAUUCAUCGCUGAAAUGGAAACCCUGGGUAAGGUAAACCACCAGAAUGUCGUUCCAUUACUCGGGUACUGCUCUCUUGGCGAGGAGAAGCUCCUUGUUUACGAGUAUAUGGUAAAUGGGAGCCUGGACAUUUGGCUGAGAAAUCGGACUGGGGAUCUUGAAGUCCUAGAUUGGGACAGACGUUUCAAAAUCGCAAUGGGUGCAGCCCGCGGCCUUGCUUUUCUUCACCAUGGAUUCAGCCCCCACAUCAUCCACAGGGACAUCAAAGCCAGCAACAUCUUGCUCAACGAAGACUUCGAGCCCAAAGUUGCAGACUUUGGACUCGCAAGGUUGAUCAGUGCCUGUGAGACUCACAUUAGUACUGAUAUAGCCGGAACAUUUGGCUACAUUCCACCGGAGUAUGGACAGAGCGGGCGGUCUACCACAAAAGGAGACGUCUAUAGUUUUGGCGUGAUACUGCUCGAACUGGUGACAGGGAAAGAGCCAACCGGACCCGAUUUCAAAGACUUGGAAGGCGGGAAUCUAGUCGGGUGGGUUUUUCAGAUGAUGAAGAAGGCGAAGGCAGCUGAUGUUCUUGAUCCGGUAGUACUCGACGCGGAUUCGAAGCGCAGGAUGGUUCAAGUGUUGAAGAUUGCCUGUGUGUGCCUCUCUGAUAACCCAGCUCAGAGGCCUACGAUGCUUCAAGUGUUGAAGUUUCUCAAAGAGAUUAGUGAUGAAUAAAAUGUAGAGUUUUAUGUCAAGGAUGUGAUGACAAUGAUCAUGUAAACUAAUUAAGGUACAAUUAGUCUGCUAAUCUAAUCAAAAGCUGGGGUUUCUUAAUAAACAUCGUUUAGUUUUCGUU